UAUUAGUAGUAGUAGUAGUAGUAGUGCUCAUUACCAGCUUUCCAGAUUAAGAUGAAUCCGAAAGGGAACCCACGUUUAUGGAUCACGAAACGUUAUUGACUUUAUUACUUUCCUUUUCCUAUUUUACUCCCGUGUGUCAAAAGCGAAGUCGUGUCGGCUUUCCUGCUUUCAGGCUCUUACCUACGGAACGUUGAUUGCGAUCUUACACCUUAAAAAAAAAAAAAAAAAAAAAUUCCCUCCUGGUUCAGGGCAAAAACGAACAUUGCUGAGCUCCGAAGAAAAAGGGGAAUAAUUCUGGGAAUGUCAGUCAGCACCUGAAAGUGAUGGGAGGGAGCAACGCUGGAACUCGUGGGGCAUAAAAUUUCUGUGGGUUUUUGAGUUGCACCUUCUUUUUUAAAAAGAGUAGACGCGUUGCAAGACAAGUCAACAGAAAGAGACGGUUACUAACAGAUGACUGAUGUGCGCAGAUAUGAUGCACCCAGUCAACUGCGGGAACCCAGGUUGCUGCGAGACCGAGAAGGAGGUGACACUGAGCGCGGACGACGUGAGCAGCGACGACCAGUAUGACCUGUGCUCGUCUCAAGCAGAGAAACUCUUCGCGAACAACAGCUACAACAAGGCCAUGGGCUGCGUGAAGCAGGAGUCGCUGGAGGUGCCCAACUCGCAGGCGGGCGACGUCGACGGCAGGAACUCCGAGGCUCAGAGCGACUCGAAACGAAGGAAAAACAUUUUCCGAGCCGGGAAGCGCGGACGGCCCUCGGGGACGACGAAAGCCGCGGGCUACAGAACCAGCACUGGGCGGCCGCUGGGGACGACGAAAGCCGCGGGGUUUAAGACGAGUCCGGGAAGGCCUCUGGGGACCACCAAGGCCGCAGGAUACCGGGUCAGUCCAGGACGACCCCCAGUAUUUAACAGGCAAAAGCAAGACCGAAGGAGAACACAACAGCCAGAGUUAAGCACAGUACUUAAAGCUUCUUCAUAAAUCACAAUUGGACAUAUAAAGGUUGACUGACAACUACAUGAUCCAUUUCUAGAAAGGCAGGUUUCCACGUUUAUUAAAUAUGUACUGAUGUAAUUGUAAUGCUGAUGUUUUAUUGAAAGCAUUUCAAAUAUUUAUCUUAAAGAUUAACUGCAUUCUUGUGGCAUCUCUCGUAGCUAAACACUGUCACCAAUUCAACAAAUGAGACGUCUUCUGUCAAGAAUAUACCUCGGACUGGUUUUAAAGUAUCCAGUAAUUCUGUUUCCCAAAUCGAAAAGCUGAUUAUUUUUUUUCUGUGGCACACAAUAAAACUGUUCUUCUUGGAAA